AUGAGUAGUAGCUUUUACGUCGUGGUAGCCAGUGAUGCAAGCAUAGAUCAGUAUCCUGAGAACACACCUUCCAGUUUCAAAAUGCAACUCCCAAGUCAACUGCAUUUGAGUGAGGAUUGGGAAGUGGCCAUGACGCAUAUUAUUUACCCACAUACUUGGGAAAAUAUACACAGCAAUCAGGUGCCCUAUCUUUUACGUUACAAUGGUGAAAAGGAAUGGACCUUACCGAUAUAUUUACCCCGAGCCACAUACAGAACAGUCGAGGAUUUGAUCAGUGGUAUGGUGACAGGAUUAGAAAGUGCCUUUCCAGACAUUUAUAUCAAGAGUGGAAAGAAGAUCAAACGUCUUGGAGGCAAAGAAUGUUUCUACAUUCACGAGAAAGUCAAAUAUUACUAUGAAUUGUACUUACCCACAGGAUUUCAAGUGAUGUUACCCAAGAACCUGGCUCGAGCUUUAGGGUAUUUGAACCAUCGAGAUCUCGUACCAGCCCUUCAUCACACCAGUGGUCCUACAUCUGUUCAACUAAAUAAGAACCAGAGUAUGACCCUUACAGCUACCACCACCACGAUACGACGAAACAACGUAUUGGUAUGGGGAAUGCUAAGCAAGCAUUCGUUUCAAACCAUGUAUGUCUACUCUGACCUAAUAGAGUCCUUAGUGGUAGGAGAAGUACAAGCCAAUCUGCUGCGUAUGAUAUUACCUCGCGGUCAGCCGGGUGAAAUAGUAGCAGACGAAAUCAAACGCCCUACCUAUCAUCGAUUGCGAACAUCUAUUUUCUUCUCGGUGGAAAUGAAUAUAAGAAGCGACACAGGUCGACUGAUAUCAUUUGCGUCUGGUGCUGUCAGAAUAACAUUACACUUUCGACGAAGGACAAUUCUGUAAGAUGCUUCUACCAAUGAACCACCAAUUUUAUCCUUAUCAGCGCUAUGUGAUUCCUAUUGCGCAACGAGGUAAAGGAGAUAUUAGUAUCUAUGGAGGAACACACCCGUAUGGUCAAGGUGGAAAUGGAUUGGGAGGAAUGUUUCGUUCUCUCUCUCGAACAGCAACACCUCUUCUCAAGACUGCUGCAACGAAAGUGGGAAAACGGUUACUGUCCACUGGAUUAGACACAGGAGUGCAAAUUGCUCAAGAUGUUAUGAAUGGGCAAUCACUGAAGAGAGCAGCGAAAACGAGAGCAAAAGCUGCCGGAAAACAAUUUUUCACUGAGGCCUUUCGGGACAUGACGCAACAACAAGGGCGUGGAAAAGUAUAUAAAUGCAAACGAAAGGCGAAUUCUGACAGUACAAGACAAGUCAAGAAAGCGAGAACAUCGUCAGCAACGUUCAAGACUAUUUUUGACUGAGUAUGGCUUCAGCACAUCCCUUCUCUGCUCCAGGAGUUAACUCCAGUUUGCAGUUAUUCGAAGUGCCGGUCACCGAUGUUUCUAUUGUCAAAAGUAAAUGGGUGGGCUAUGAACCAAUUCAGAGUGGCACCAAUCCCAUAGAAUUUGUGAUCAAACCUCUGUCCGAUUACAUCGACAUUAACAAGACUGAACUUCGUCUGGUGGUGAAAAUUACAAAACGAAACGGAGGAGAGACAGGAGCUGGGAAGAAAUAUACGUUGAUCAACAACGCUUUUCAUUCUAUCAUAAAACAGUUCACUAUCAAGAUCAAUGAAACCCUUGUCACAGAACAAUCAGACACACAAGCCUACAAUGCUUAUAUCAAGACCUUCCUUAACUUUACUGAUCAGGCCAAGAAAUCUUACUUGACAAAAGUGUUGUACUACAAAGACACUGCUGGGCAUAUGGAUGAGGUGGAUAAUACAGCACAUCGAAAUUUGGGUCUAAAAAGGAGAGGUUCUUUUACCACUGGAGAUGCUGAAGUUGGAAUGGUUGGUGUACCCCUGUGUGAUGUAUUCAACCUUGACAAGUUACUGUUGGAUGGAUUGGAAAUCAAAAUCAAGAUAGAUCUUAACAGCAGUGAAUUUAGUCUGAUGGGUGGUGAAGAUGCCAACGAUUGCAAGUUACAAAUAGUGUUAAGCACGCUCCGUGUACGUACUGUUCAUGUGGCAGACAGCACUAAAUUGGAUCACGUAAACACCAUGACGGGUCAGAAGGCACUUCCUGCAAUCUAUACACUAACAGGAACCCCUACGCAUGCUAGGAUCAUUCCCAGAGGAGUAUUAAGUCACACAGAGACCGAUCUAUUCAAUGGUCUCAUCCCCCAAUGCAUCAUAUUUGGAAUGGUGCGAAACGAUGCUUACAAUGGAAACUUGGGGAGGAACCCAUUCAACUUCCAGCUGUUUGAUCUGAAUGCUGUUCGUCUAACAGUCAAUGGAGAAGAAAUGCCUUACUCAGGCAUCGACUUGAUAGGUAGCAAGAAAAUCGAUGGCUACAAUACACUUUUCUCAGGAAGUGGUGAUAUGAACUGUGGUCAUGGUAUAGACAUUGACAGGGAAGAAUGGGAGCAGGGUUAUGGUUUAUUUCGCUUGGACACAACACCAGAAGGAAGUGGCCAUCCGAAUCAUUUGAUUCCUAAUCGCAGCGGAAAUGUCAACUUGUAUUUAAAAUUUGGCACUGAGACCCCUGCAGUUCUCAAUUUAAUUGUGUACGCAGAAUUCCAGAAUCAGUUGGAAAUUGAUCGUAACAGACGUGUGGUGUACCAUCUGUCACAGGGUGCUUAA